GGCCGAGCAGCCCGCGCGCGCUCCCGCCCCUCCCCUCCCGCCGCUGGGCGCGCGCCGGGCGGUGUAGCUCCGCCGCGUCCGAGGGCAGCGCCGCCGCUGCAGCGGCCGCCGCGGGAGGGGCCCGGAGCCCCGCCCCCGGGGAGGGGCUGUCAGCAGGUCUCCCGUCUAGCCUCCACGGCCCCAACUCCAUGCCGGGGAUGAAAUUUAGCGAAAAGGAAGCAGUUGACGCGGCGUCAAUGGACUGAGACUAAGCCAAGAGCCGGGCCCUCCCUCUAGGUUCUGGGCCAACAAGAUGCAGGAGCGAGAGGCGGAGUCCGCGGCCGGGGGCGCCGAUCCGAGUCCCGCUGGCAAGGAACCGGUGACCAAGGCAGGAGCUCCCCACCAGGCCCCGCCGCAGAAGCCCAGCCAGCCGGUUCCAGGGCCCGCCGCGUCCCCGGGGGCGCCUUCCCGACCCCGCCGGCGGCCCCCGCCCCAGCGCCCGCACCGCUGCCCCGACUGUGACAAGGCCUUCUCGUACCCGUCCAAGCUGGCCACACACCGGUUGGCACACGGCGGCGCCCGCCCCCACCCAUGCCCCGACUGCCCCAAGGCCUUCUCCUACCCCUCCAAGCUGGCCGCCCACCGCCUCACGCACAGCGGCGCCCGUCCGCACCCGUGCCCGCACUGCCCAAAGGCCUUCGGCCACCGCUCCAAGCUGGCGGCCCACCUCUGGACCCACGCGCCCGCCCGCCCCUACCCGUGCCCCGACUGCCCCAAGUCCUUCUGCUACCCCUCCAAGCUGGCGGCCCACCGCCACACGCACCACGCCACUGACGCCCGCCCCUACCCUUGCCCACACUGCCCCAAGGCUUUUUCAUUCCCUUCCAAACUGGCCGCCCAUCGCCUAUGUCACGACCCCCCCACGGCGCCGGGCAGCCAGCCCACGGCCCGGCAUCACUGCUCCAGCUGCGGCCAGGCCUUUGGCCAGAGACGCCUCCUGCUCCUUCAUCAGCGCAGCCACCACCAGGCUGAGGGCCAGGGGGAGCGGGAGUGAGCCCUCCCUGGGCUCACUGGCCCCUCUGCCGCCAGCCCGGGUCAAUAGAGGUGGCGUUUCUAA